CCGGGGGGAGACGGGCCCCCCCGGGGGAGAGGGGGGGGUCCCCUUCUCUGUCCCAUUUGUCCCCGCUUGGCUGAGGGGGCACGGCAUGGUUUGGGGACACCAGGAACUUUUGGGGUCCCUGUUCCAGUCCUCAAGCAGCUGUGGGGGCACCGGGAGGUUUUGGGGGUCCCCAUUCCUGUCCCCAGGCAGCUGUGGGGACACGGGGAGGUUUUGGGGUCCCCAUUCCUGUCCCCGGGCAGCUGUGGGGACACGGGGAGGUUUUGGGGUCCCCAUGCCUGUCCCCGGGCAGCUGUGGGGGCACCGGGAGGUUUUGGGGUCCCCAUUCCUGUCCCCAGGCAGCUGUGGGGACACGGGGAGGUUUUGGGGUCCCCAUUCCUGUCCCCGGGCAGCUGUGGGGACACGGGGAGGUUUUGGGGUCCCCAUUCCUGUCCCCGGGCAGCUGUGGGGACACGGGGAGGUUUUGGGUCCCCAUUCCUGUCCCCGGGCAGCUGUGGGGACACGGGGAGGUUUUGGGGUCCCCAUUCCUGUCCCCGGGCAGCUGUGGGGGCACCAGGAGGUUUUGGGUCCCCGUGCCUGUCCCCGGGCAGCUGUGGGGACACCGGGAGGUUUUGGGGUCCCCAUUCCUGUCCCGAGCAGCUGUGGGGACACGGGGAGGUUUUGGGUCCCCGUGCCUGUCCCCAGGCAGCUGUGGGGACACCGGGAGGUUUUGGGGUCCCCAUUCCUGUCCCCAGGCAGCUGUGGGGACACGGGGAGGUUUUGGGUCCCCGUGCCUGUCCCCAGGCAGCUGUGGGGACACGGGGAGGUUUUGGGUCCCCAUUCCUGUCCCCGGGCAGCUGUGGGGACACGGGGAGGUUUUGGGUCCCCAUUCCUGUCCCCGGGCAGCUGUGGGGACAUGGGGAGGUUUUGGGGUCCCCAUUCCUGUCCCCGGGCAGCUGUGGGGACACGGGGAGGUUUUGGGUCCCCAUUCCUGUCCCCAGGCAGCUGUGGGGACACCGGGAGGUUUUGGGUCCCCAUUCCUGUCCCCAGGCAGCUGUGGGGACACGGGGAGGUUUUGGGUCCCCAUUCCUGUCCCCGGGCAGCUGUGGGGACAUGGGGAGGUUUUGGGUCCCCGUGCCUGUCCCCGGGCAGCUGUGGGGGCACCGGGAGGUUUUGGGGUCCCCAUUCCUGUCCCCAGGCAGCUGUGGGGACACGGGGAGGUUUUGGGGUCCCCAUUCCUGUCCCCGGGCAGCUGUGGGGACACGGGGAGGUUUUGGGUCCCCAUUCCUGUCCCCGGGCAGCUGUGGGGACAUGGGGAGGUUUUGGGUCCCCAUUCCUGUCCCCGGGCAGCUGUGGGGACAUGGGGAGGUUUUGGGUCCCCGUGCCUGUCCCCGGGCAGCUGUGGGGGCACCGGGAGGUUUUGGGUCCCCGUGCCUGUCCCCGGGCAGCUGUGGGGACAUGGGGAGGUUUUGGGUCCCCGUGCCUGUCCCCCGGGCAGCUGUGGGGGCACCGGGAGGUUUUGGGUCCCCGUGCCUGUCCCCGGGCUGCCGGGGGGGCCCGGGGACACCCGUGACACCCCGUCCCCGUCCCCCCCGUCCCCAGCGCGGUGCGCACCCGUCUCUACCAAGUGCUGGAGCUGUGGGUGGAGGUGACGGGCGCCUCCUCGGGGGUCCUGCAGGGCCCCGGCCACCCCAG